GGCGGCGCGGAGAAGUGGCGGCCGGGCUACCGAGCACCAGGGGAGAGAUGUUGAAGUUCAAGUAUGGAGCACGGAACCCACUGGAUGGCAGUGCCCCUGAACCCAUUGCGAGUCGGGCCUCCAGGCUUAAUCUCUUCUUCCAGGGGAAACCACCCUCUAUGACUCAACAGCAGAUGUCUGCUCUUUCCCGAGAAGGGAUAUUAGAUGCCCUCUUUGUUCUCUUUGAAGAAUGCAGUCAGCCUGCUCUGAUGAAGGUGAAGCACGUGAGCAACUUUGUCCGGAAGUACUCCGACACCAUAGCUGAGUUACAGGAGCUCCAGCCUUCAGCAAGAGACUUUGAAGUCCGAAGUCUUGUGGGUUGUGGUCACUUUGCUGAAGUACAGGUGGUCAGAGAGAGAGCAACGGGGGAUGUCUAUGCCAUGAAAAUCAUGAAGAAGGCGGCUCUGUUGGCCCAGGAACAGGUUUCAUUUUUUGAGGAAGAGCGGAACAUAUUAUCUCGGAGCACAAGCCCUUGGAUCCCCCAAUUACAGUAUGCCUUUCAGGACAAAAAUAACCUUUACCUGGUCAUGGAGUAUCAGCCUGGAGGGGAUUUGCUGUCUCUUCUGAAUAGAUAUGAGGACCAAUUAGAUGAAAACAUGAUUCAGUUUUACCUAGCCGAACUGAUUUUAGCUGUUCACAGUGUUCACCAGAUGGGAUAUGUACAUCGUGAUAUCAAGCCUGAGAACAUUCUAAUCGACCGAACUGGACACAUCAAGCUGGUAGAUUUUGGAUCAGCUGCUAAAAUGAAUUCACAUAAGGUCGAUGCCAAACUCCCGAUUGGGACCCCAGAUUAUAUGGCUCCUGAAGUGCUGACGGUGAUGAACGGGGACGGAAGAGGCACCUAUGGCCUGGACUGUGAUUGGUGGUCAGUGGGAGUGGUUGCUUAUGAGAUGGUUUAUGGGAGAACCCCAUUCACAGAGGGCACCUCUGCCAGGACUUUCAACAACAUCAUGAAUUUCCAGAGGUUUUUGAAGUUCCCAGAUGACCCUGAAGUUAGCAGUGAGUUCCUCGAUCUGAUUCAGAGUUUGUUGUGUGGCCAGAAAGAGAGAUUGAAGUUUGAGGGUUUCUGUCGGCACCCUUUCUUCUCCAAAAUUGACUGGCACAACCUCCGGAACUCUCCUCCUCCUUUCGUUCCUACCCUCAAGUCUGAUGAUGACACUUCCAAUUUUGAUGAACCAGAGAAGAAUUCGUGGGUUUCAUCCUCUCCGUGCCAGCUGAGCCCCUCGGGUUUCUCGGGCGAAGAACUGCCGUUUGUGGGGUUUUCAUACAGCAAAGCACUAGGGAUUCUUGGUAGAGCUGAGUCUGUUGUGUCAGGUCUGGACUCCCCUGCCAAGACUAGCUCCAUGGAAAAGAAACUUCUCAUCAAAAGCAAAGAGCUGCAAGACUCUCAGGACAAGUGUCACAAGAUGGAGCAGGAAAUGACCCGGUUACAUCGGAGAGUGUCAGAGGUGGAGGCUGUGCUUAGUCAGAAGGAGGUGGAGCUGAAGGCCUCUGAGACUCAGAGAUCCCUCCUGGAGCAGGACCUUGCCACCUACAUCACAGAAUGCAGUAGCUUAAAGCGAAGUUUGGAGCAAGCACGGAUGGAGGUGUCCCAGGAGGAUGACAAAGCACUGCAGCUUCUCCAUGACAUCAGAGAGCAGAGCCGGAAGCUCCAAGAAAUCAAAGAGCAGGAGUACCAGGCUCAGGUGGAAGAAAUGAGGCUGAUGAUGAAUCAGCUGGAAGAGGACCUUGUCUCAGCCAGAAGACGGAGCGAUCUUUAUGAAUCUGAGCUGAGAGAGUCUCGGCUUGCUGCUGAAGAAUUCAAGCGGAAGGCAACUGAAUGUCAGCAUAAACUGAUGAAGGCUAAAGACCAAGGAAAGCCUGAAGUAGGAGAAUGUUCCAAGCUUGAGAAGAUCAAUGCUGAGCAGCAGCUCAAGAUCCAGGAGCUCCAGGAGAAGCUGGAAAAGGCGGUAAAGGCCAGCACAGAGGCCACCGAGCUCCUGCAGAAUAUCCGCCAGGCAAAGGAACGGGCCGAGAGGGAGCUGGAGAAGCUGCAGAACCGAGAAGAUUCUUCUGAAGGCAUCAAAAAGAAGCUGGUUGAAGCUGAGGAACGCCGCCAUUCUCUGGAGAACAAGGUAAAGAGGCUAGAGACCAUGGAGCGUAGAGAAAACAGACUGAAGGAUGACAUCCAGACAAAAUCCCAACAGAUCCAGCAGAUGGCUGAUAAAAUUCUGGAACUGGAGGAGAAACAUCGGGAGGCUCAGGUCUCAGCCCAACACCUGGAAGUGCACCUGAAACAGAAGGAGCAGCACUACGAGGAAAAGAUUAAAGUGUUGGACAAUCAAAUAAAGAAAGAUUUGGCCGACAAGGAGAGUCUGGAGAACAUGAUGCAGCGACACGAAGAGGAGGCUCAUGAGAAGGGCAAGAUCCUCAGCGAGCAGAAGGCGAUGAUCAAUGCUAUGGAUUCCAAGAUCAGAUCCCUGGAACAGAGGAUCGUGGAAUUGUCUGAGGCCAAUAAGCUUGCAGCAAACAGCAGUCUCUUCACCCAAAGGAACAUGAAGGCCCAGGAAGAGAUGAUUUCAGAACUCAGGCAGCAGAAAUUUUACCUGGAGACACAGGCUGGGAAACUGGAGGCCCAGAACCGAAAGUUAGAAGAACAGCUGGAGAAAAUCAGCCACCAAGAUCACAGUGACAAGAAUCGGCUGCUGGAGCUGGAGACGAGGCUGAGGGAGGUCAGCCUGGAGCAUGAGGAGCAGAAGCUGGAGCUAAAGCGCCAGCUCACAGAGCUGCAGCUGUCUCUGCAGGAGCGUGAGUCCCAGCUGACAGCCCUGCAGGCUGCCCGUGCGGCCCUGGAGAGCCAGCUUCGGCAGGCCAAGACAGAGCUGGAGGAGACGACAGCAGAAGCGGAAGAGGAGAUCCAGGCUCUCACGGCACAUAGAGAUGAAAUUCAGCGCAAAUUUGAUGCCCUUCGUAACAGCUGUACUGUCAUCACAGACCUGGAGGAGCAGCUGAACCAGCUGACUGAGGACAACGCUGAACUCAAUAACCAAAACUUCUACUUGUCCAAACAACUUGACGAGGCUUCCGGGGCCAAUGAUGAGAUCGUCCAGCUUCGAAGUGAGGUGGACCAUCUGCGCCGUGAGAUCACAGAAAGGGAGAUGCAGCUUACCAGCCAGAAGCAAGCACAACUCAGUGGUACUGAUUUGCAGACGAUGGAGGCUCUGAAGACCACAUGCACAAUGCUGGAAGAGCAGGUCAUGGAUUUGGAGGCCCUGAAUGAUGAGCUGCUGGAAAAAGAGCGCCAGUGGGAGGCCUGGAGGAGCGUCCUCGGGGACGAGAAGUCCCAGUUUGAGUGUCGUGUUCGAGAGUUACAGAGGAUGCUGGACACUGAGAAACAGAGCAGGGCCAGAGCAGAUCAGCGGAUCACGGAGUCUCGCCAGGUGGUGGAGUUGGCUGUGAAGGAACACAAGGCUGAAAUCCUUGCUCUGCAACAGGCUCUCAAAGAACAGAAGCUGAAAGCGGAGAGCCUUUCCGACAAGCUCAACGAUCUGGAGAAGAAACAUGCCAUGCUUGAGAUGAAUGCCCGAAGCUUACAGCAGAAAUUGGAGACAGAGCGCGAGCUCAAACAAAGGCUUCUGGAAGAGCAAGCCAAAUUACAGCAGCAGAUGGACCUGCAGAAGAACCACAUUUUCCGUCUGACUCAGGGGCUACAGGAAGCUCUCGAUAGGGCGGAUCUGCUGAAGACAGAAAGGAGUGACUUGGAGUAUCAGCUGGAAAACAUUCAGGUUCUCUAUUCUCAUGAAAAGGUGAAAAUGGAAGGCACUAUUUCUCAACAAACCAAGCUCAUUGAUUUUCUACAAGCCAAAAUGGACCAACCAGCUAAAAAGAAAAAGGGUUUAUUUAGUCGACGGAAAGAGGACCCUGCUUUGCCCACACAGGUUCCUCUGCAGUACAAUGAGCUGAAGCUGGCCUUGGAGAAGGAGAAAGCACGCUGUGCAGAGUUGGAGGAAGCCCUUCAGAAGACCCGCAUCGAGCUGCGGUCUGCCCGGGAGGAAGCUGCCCACCGCAAAGCCACAGACCACCCACACCCAUCUACGCCAGCCACUGCGAGGCAGCAGAUCGCCAUGUCUGCCAUUGUGCGGUCACCUGAGCAUCAGCCCAGUGCCAUGAGUCUGCUUGCCCCGCCAUCCAGCCGAAGAAAGGAGUCUUCAACUCCAGAGGAAUUUAAUCGGCGUCUUAAGGAGCGCAUGCACCACAAUAUUCCUCACCGAUUUAAUGUUGGACUGAACAUGCGAGCCACGAAGUGUGCUGUGUGUCUGGAUACUGUGCACUUUGGACGCCAGGCAUCCAAAUGUCUUGAAUGUCAGGUGAUGUGUCACCCCAAGUGUUCCACCUGCUUGCCAGCCACCUGUGGCCUACCUGCUGAAUAUGCCACACACUUCACCGAGGCCUUCUGCCGUGACAAAAUGAACUCCCCGGGUCUCCAGAGCAAGGAGCCCAGCAGCAGCUUGCACCUGGAAGGGUGGAUGAAGGUGCCCAGGAAUAACAAACGAGGACAGCAAGGUUGGGACAGGAAGUACAUUGUCUUGGAGGGAUCAAAAGUUCUCAUCUAUGACAAUGAAGCCAGAGAAGCUGGACAGAGGCCGGUGGAAGAAUUUGAGCUGUGCCUUCCCGAUGGGGAUGUAUCUAUUCAUGGUGCCGUUGGUGCUUCUGAACUCGCAAAUACAGCCAAAGCAGAUGUUCCAUACAUACUGAAGAUGGAGUCUCACCCUCAUACUACCUGCUGGCCCGGAAGAACCCUCUACUUGCUCGCACCCAGCUUUCCUGACAAACAGCGCUGGGUCACAGCCUUAGAAUCAGUUGUUGCAGGUGGGAGAGUUUCUAGGGAAAAGGCAGAAGCCGAUGCUGCUUGUGACCAUAUUUCCUCUGAGUGUCUGCCUGCGUGGCUUCAGAAAUUACUUGGAAACUCUCUGCUGAAACUGGAGGGUGAUGACCGGCUCGACAUGAACUGUACCCUGCCCUUCAGCGACCAGGUGGUGUUGGUGGGCACCGAGGAAGGGCUUUAUGCACUGAAUGUCUUGAAAAACUCCUUAACCCACAUCCCAGGAAUUGGAGCAGUCUUCCAAAUUUAUAUCAUCAAGGACCUGGAGAAGCUCCUUAUGAUAGCAGGAGAAGAGCGGGCCCUGUGUCUGGUGGACGUGAAGAAAGUGAAGCAGUCCCUGGCACAGUCGCACCUUCCCGCCCAGCCGGACAUCUCACCCAACAUAUUUGAAGCUGUCAAGGGCUGCCACUUGUUUGCUGCUGGCAAGAUUGAGAAUGGACUCUGCAUCUGUGCAGCCAUGCCUAACAAAGUUGUCAUCCUCCGCUACAAUGAAAACCUCAGCAAGUACUGCAUUCGGAAGGAGAUUGAAACCUCGGAGCCCUGCAGCUGUAUCCACUUCACCAAUUACAGCAUCCUCAUCGGAACCAACAAAUUUUACGAGAUCGACAUGAAGCAGUACACACUCGAGGAGUUCCUGGAUAAGAACGACCACUCCUUGGCACCUGCUGUGUUCGCCUCCUCGUCCAACAGCUUCCCUGUCUCCAUCGUGCAGGCAAAUAGUGCCGGGCAGCGAGAGGAGUACUUGCUGUGCUUCCACGAAUUUGGGGUGUUUGUGGAUUCUUAUGGAAGACGUAGCCGCACAGAUGAUCUCAAGUGGAGUCGCUUACCUCUGGCCUUUGCCUACAGAGAACCCUAUCUGUUUGUGACUCACUUCAACUCACUUGAAGUAAUUGAGAUCCAGGCACGUUCCUCACUGGGGACCCCUGCCCGAGCAUAUUUGGAAAUCCCGAACCCACGCUACCUGGGCCCUGCAAUUUCCUCGGGAGCAAUUUACCUGGCCUCUUCAUACCAGGAUAAAUUAAGGGUCAUAUGCUGCAAAGGAAACCUUGUGAAGGAGUCUGGCACUGACCACCACCGGGUGCCCUCCACCUCCCGCAGCAGCCCCAACAAAAGAGGCCCACCAACAUACAACGAGCACAUCACCAAACGUGUGGCCUCCAGCCCGGCACCACCAGAAGGCCCCAGCCACCCUCGAGAGCCAAGCACACCCCACCGCUACCGUGACCGUGAGGGCCGGACAGAGCUGCGUAGGGACAAGUCUCCUGGCCGCCCUCUGGAGCGUGAGAAGUCCCCAGGCCGGAUGCUGAGCACAAGGAGGGAGCGGUCUCCCGGGAGGCUGUUUGAAGACAGCAGCAGGGGCCGGCUGCCUGCAGGAGCUGUGAGAACCCCAUUGUCCCAGGUUAAUAAGGUCUGGGACCAGUCUUCAGUGUAAGUCUCAACCAGAAGAACCAAUUCCUCAUCUCAGUCUGCAGGAAAACACCACGCCAAGGAUCUCCGCCGCAGGGGACCUUGGCACCGUCUGCUCAGCCUGCUCUGGCACUGUUGGGCCCAGACUUCCCUUGGCACGGACACCCUUCUCUAGGGGGUGUGGGUGGCCGAGGCUCUUUGGCGCUGCCAGCGCUUGGUGCCCCUGCCCGGGCUCCUUCCUGCAGUCAUCCUCUUGCACUUUGUUACUCUUUCACAGCAUUCAUAGACUUUUGUACCUAGCUCUAGCCUGUACCAGUUCAUCAAAGAAAACCAACCUGGACACUAACUGUGGUUAGAAUCCUACUUAGCUACUUUAAGAUCCUAAGAUUGGUUGGUUUUUCUUUGGUUUUGAUUUAUUUUUCCUUUUUUUCUUUUUUUAAGACAACAGAGUUCUUAAUAGAUUUGAAUAGUGAUGUAUUUCCUGUUGUAGUCAUUUUUAGCUAGCUCACACCAUCAGGUCUUUGCCACUGAAACGUAGAGUCCCUGUCGGUUGGCGACCCUCCCGUGUUCAUAUAGCUUCAUUCUUGUUCCAGUCCAUUCUCAUAGAUGGCCCUGUCUACCCAGGGUGACAUCAUAGCCAAAUGUUUACUGUUCUCAUUGCCUUUUAUGGCCUUGACGACUUCCCCUCCCACCAGCUGAGAAUGUACGGAGGUCAUUAGGCCUCAGCUCAGAGGCAGUGACUGGGGCCAAGGGACCUCACCGAGCUUUCCUUCCCUUCCCCACCCCUUGGUGUCAUCUCCCAGCCUGUUUCCCUUGCUUUCCAUGUAGCUUUGGCCAGGAAAGCAUGCAAUAGACUUGCUCUAAGCCCAGCAUUCAUAGGUCUUGGGGUUGGGCCAGGGACCGGGGGCACCCACCUCCUAUCCCUGAAGGUCGGUGUGUUGCUCCUUACUCUAGAAUGAGGAGGAGACCCGUCCAAGGAGCUCUGCAUGGCGGAUCACUGCAUGUGCUGACCCCUGACCCGGCUGACCCCUCUUCCCUCUGGGUUGCUCUGCCAAUAUAUUGCUACCAUCCCAUAGUCCCACGGAAUUGAGACCUCUGAUGACUUGUCAACUAAGUGGCCACAACAAGCUGCAGUCUGUAGCACUGGACAAACAAACAAAACGCUCAAGCCUUAUGACCAGAGAAGGAUUUCAGCAAACCACACCUCUCCCUCAGUUUCCCCUCCCACCUUCCUGUUCCCCGCCCACUUCCUGGAGGAUGACUGUGUUCACAUCAAACCCAGCACGGUUCUACCCCACGAAACUGUGAUUUCCCAAAUGAGCCUUUCCCUAGGGCUGGACCUAAGACCAGGACAUUGGAGAGAGAAGCCGCAGCUCAACUCUUCAGCUCUGCAGGGCUGGUGAGUCCCCCUUAGGUGCAGUGCGGCUCACCCAGUUUCUCUCCACCCUCUUUUAGAGUGUGGGAUUCCUGGCAACUGGAUAGAACCAGCCUAGAGGCUUUGCAGUUGGCAAGCUAACUAGCGGCCUUACUUCUGCCUUUAAUCUCCCAUAAGGCCUCUCCUGCUUCGGAUUCUCCACAACUCUUAGGCAUGCCUCAACAACUAAGGCAUAUCCUAGGUAGGCUGAGAGUGAAAGGUAGACUCUUCCCAUUGCAGGUGACCGUGACUGUGUUUUCAGCCCGUGUGUCCACAGUUCAUAUCACUUUCCAGAUUGCAACCUGGCCCAAAUACCGGCUCCUUCCUGCUCGUCUCUUAACCUAAGUGCUUUCUCGUUUGAACUGCCCAUGAACUUCCACGUCACAGCACCCUGGCAAGUUGUCCUGCUGUUGUGUUUUAUGUGUUGCUUGGAGGCUUUGGGGUCAUGUUCCCUUUCCCUGUCCCCCAGGGCAGGUCUGAAUGAAUGUUUGCUGAAGUUUUUGUCUCUUGGUCCAAAAUAUUUGAAACAGUCACUGAUAACUGGUCUUUCAGUCUUGGCAUUUCAUUUAGGACCUCCAUGAGAAAUGGGCAUCUUGAGCCCUGACAAUGUGUACUGUGUGUCUCAUCUGUGAAAUGCUUCCUGCUAUAUAGAACUAGCUCAAAAGACUGUACAUAUUUACAAGAAACUUUAUAUUCGUAACAAAAAAAGGAAAUUGAAUUGGUUUCUACUUUUUUAUUGUAAAAGGUGCAUUUUUUCAACACUUACUUUUGGUUUCAACGGUGGUAGGUGUGGGCAGCCAUCUCCGCUGGAGGGUGGGGAGCUCUGUGUAGCCACCGGGAUGCCAGCAGGAAAUACCGAAACACAAAAUUGCAGUCAAAAGCUUAUUAGCAUCAGUAAGAUUCUAGGUCUCCAAAAGUACAGGCUUUUUCUUCAUUACCUUUUUUAUUCAGAACAAGGACGAGAACAUGGGAACAAUUCCAGAUCCACCUUGAGAGGAAUGAACUUUGUUGUUGAACAAUAGUGAAAUAAAGCAAUGAUCUAAAAAUGUU